AUGAAUUCCAAACAACCCCCUAAAGGGGAAAGAGGGCUACGACAAGGUGAUCCUCUAUCCCCUUACUUGUUCAUCUUGGGAAUUUUAAAUUCCAUCCUAAAUAGGAGCCUUGAUCUUUUGAAACUUGACAGGAAUUUUAAAUUCCAUCCUAAAUGUGGCAAACUAAAAAUUUCCCAUCUCAUCUUUGCCGAUGACUUAUUGCUGUUUAGCAAAGGGGAUUUGUACUCAGUGCAAAAGCUUAAGCAGUGUAUCUCUCAUUUCAGUUCAGUAAUUGGACUGGAUGCUAACCCCAGCAAAAGUGCUAUUUUUUAUGUUGGUGUUGAUGAUUCUAUCAAGGAUUCUAUUCAAAAUUGCUUAGGCUUUUCUGAAGGCAACCUCCCUAUCAGAUAUUUGGGAGUACCUCUUGUAUGCAAGAGGUUAUCAUUCGAUGACUGCAGACCUCUUUUUAACAAGAUUUUCAGUCAGUUCCAAAAUUGGCUAUCUCAUAGGCAUCUAUCCUAUGCGGGGAGACUCCAGAUUAUCAAAAGUGUCAUCCUUGGGGUUCAACUAUUUUGGACUUCAAGUUAUAUCCUACCUAAAAAAGUUCUUUAUGGUAUUGAUAAACUGUGUAGAGAUUUUCUAUGGGGAAAAGCUGACUCAAACAAGCCUUCUCUUGUCUCUUGGGAUGUUAUCUGUAGAAGUAAGGAUCAAGGAGGGUUAGGAAUCUUCUCAGCAGUUACAUGGAACACUGCAUCUGCCCUUAAGAUCAUAUGGUUUAUUCAUACAAACAAGGAGCUCCUUUGGAUUAAGUGGAUUCAUGGCACUUAUCUAAAACAUAGGAAUAUUUGGCAGGUUGAGGCUAAAGUUGGGGACUCAUGGAUGUGGAAACAAAUCCUGAAAAUUAGAGAUAAUGUGUUAAAUCUCUGUGGUGGAGUUUCAGGUCUUCUUCAUCUUAUUAGCUCUUGUAUAAAGAGUUCUAAGUUGAAAAUUUCAGCUCUAUAUCAUGCUCUUCUUCCUAUUACACCUAAAGUAGUGUGGAGGGAAACUGUUUGGGAAGGAAUUAGUUUUCCUAAGCACAGUUUUGUGUUGUGGCUUGCCAUCCUUGACAGAUUACUUACACAGGAUAAGCUUCUAAAUAGGGGAGUUAUCAACCGAAAUUGUUGCAUCCUGUGUUCUGUAAAUGCCACUGAAUCUAGAAAUCACCUAUUCUUUGCUUGUUGUUUCUCAAGUGAAGUUUGGAAUGGUAUUAUGGACUGGCUAAGGUUCAAUUGGAGGUCAUGUGCCUGGAAUUUACUCCUGGACUGGUAUAAUAUCAGGUUGAGAGGGAGUGUUUUCAAAAAUAAAAUCAAGAGAAUGGCUUUGGCAGCUACUGUUUACAGUAUUUGGAUGGAAAGGAAUGUAAGAAUUUUCACUCAAGUUUGCAAGGGUGCUGAUCGACUGAUUAAGGAAAUCAAAAUUGAUAUCCUGUCCAGCAUCCUUAAUAGUAAGCUCUUGGAAGAACACAAAGAUCUGGUGUUGACACUAUGA